AGCGCUUUCUGGUGGCGCUGCGGUGCAAUUCUGGAGCAUUGAAAGGAGUUUUGAGGUUAUUGUGUGCAAGGUUCGGCAAGGGAAAUAAAAAUGCAAAGCCUCAGGAGAUGCAUUCAGACGUUGACGUCCACCUGUAAAUUCAAUGUGAACAACGUGACAUUGACUAGGACAACGGUAACACCAGCCUCCAGUAUCCACACGACCCCUGCAAGACUCUAUGAGGAUGAGGAUCAUGAAGACGAUUAUGAUGGGCCCAAGCAUUGGAUGGAAUACAAUGAAAAGAUCUUUCCUCCACAGGCACCAGGAGAACCUAGGAGACCUGCUUACGUUUGCAAUGUAAAAGCUAACAUCAAAUACAGCCCAAAAAACAUGUGGUACAUAGCUUGUUUUGUACGUGGAAUGACUGUUGACGAGGCUGUGAAGCAACUAAGUUUCUGUUUGAAGAAGGGAGCUGUUGCUGCUAAGGAGACAAUUCUCGAGGCACAACAGAUGGCUGUUGAGAAACACAAUGUUGAAUUCAAAAGUAAUCUUUGGGUUGCCGAAUCCUUCGCAACAAAAGGAAAAGUUGUCCACGGAAUAAGAAGACAUGCAAAAGCACGAGUGGGUAAAAUAACCUACAGAUACGUCCACUACUAUGUUCGCCUCGAAGAGGGAACCCCUCCGAAAAACUACUAUCUGAACGAUCCCAAGACCCCAGACGAGCUUCUCGAUAAUUAUCUGGAGAAAAUGCGAAAGCGUAAGAUUGGAAACUCGAUGUAAUUCAGUUAUUUCGUAAUUUUUGAAUGAUAAUUUAAGGUGUACAAAACAGAGUGAAGGGUGGACUUGAAUAAAAUGAUUAGAAAAAAAAUUUA